AUGAAGUACACAACUUUAAUAUUACUAUUGAUUGUUAUCAUUUCAACUCUUUUCAUUUCUUAUUCACAUUCUGUUGAAUAUGAUGAAGAUGAAUUUGAAGGAGUAGAACAUACACAUAGUCAUAACCAUCAAACAAAUGAAAACAAUAUGGCAGAUGAUGCAGGUUCGGGAUCAGGAGAACAAGAAGUUGCUUCGUCAUCGGGCGAACAAGCAGCACAAGACAAUACAAACAAAUUACCAAAAUGGAGAACUCAAAGUAAUUGGUAUAUGGAGAUUGCAUUUGUUAUCUUUAUCGCUGGUUAUGUAGUCAACUACUUUAUUGGCAAAAAGACUAAUCAAGCACUCGUCAGUCUUUGGGGUCAAAAGGCUCGUUCACUCUUUGUUCGUAACUUUUCCUUCCUCGGUGAUUCCAAUCAAUUCACAAUCAUCAAGGUCGAUCCAAACACAUACAACUUUACAUGCAGCGGUCGUGUUAACUGCUACGGUGCUCAAGUAUCGAUCAACUUGAAGAAGCGUCAAGAUCUUUUCACUCAAUUGAUGGAUUUGGCUAGUUUUGCUGAACCUGAUAGAAUUAAAAUCGAUGUAGCAUUAACCAAAGGUGAAUGUGAUACUGUUAUUUUUGCCAUUACAAAGGCAAAGGCUUUGAAAAAGUUCAAGGCUGAUAAUAAUGAUUUACACCUUUUCGCAUCGAAAAUCGAUAAUCAAGGUGCCUUAUCAUCGGCCUAUGCCGUCAUGGGUGAUACCGAUUGUUUGCCAUCAGUCUUCCUCAAGCCUGAAUUUGUCAACAUUUUGAAUAGCAACGAACGUCUAUUUGAAUCAUUACAUCUUACUGAUCAUUCUUCAAUUAAUCCAACUAAAUUCAACAAGACAUUAUCAUUUGUAUUUAGAUUACCAAAGAUUUCAGAUAUGGAUAAACUUAUGGAAUUGAUUGCUAUGGCUAUUGAUUUUAUUGAUGUUGUUGCCAACUGCGAGCUUCCAAAGGCAUCUAAAGCCAAGGCUGAAAAAUUAAGAGAAAAGGAACGUCAAGAAGUGUUCAAGGCCCAACAACAAGAAAGAGUAGAGGCUGCUCAAAGAGCUAAAAUCGAAAAGGCUAAAAAGGAAAGAGAAGCCAUUUCAAAAUUAACUCCAGAAGAACAAAGAAAGAGAGAUGAAAAGGAUCACAAACAACAAUUAAAAAAGAGAUCUAAAAGUCAAAGAGUUGUAAUUGGUUAA